CCCCACCUAUACCAAACUCUCCAAUACCAUUUUCCAUUCCACCCAAGUCACCAGCCUAGCUAUGGCCACUGAAGACUUCACCUUCCCCAUCUUCACAGACCCUGUCUCAUGCAGCAUCGAUUCCCCACCUCUAUGGUGCUUAUCUCCUGCGGCCUCUCCUGAUCCUUACCAUGAAGAAACAUCAAAAGAAAGCAGCACGGAAGGAGAAGAGAGAGAUCAAGUCUUUAAAAAUAGUUUUCCAACGGGACCGAUCAAGCACUUAACGCAAGGGAAGAGCUUUUCAAGAAGAGAGGAGCUGGGCUCGGCUGCAUCUGAGUUGGUGAGAAGAAAUGGUAGUCUAAAUGAUAAGGAGGAGAAGAUGGACAUGUUGUGGGAGGAUUUCAACACUGAAGAAACAUUGACAAGAAGUCACAGUAGUUCGAGAUUGGAUUCUGAAGCAGUUCAUAUGGGUUGCGUUAAAGCCUUGAGACUGUCCAAACCUAAUGGCACUGCCAUCAUUUCUGCAAGGAAACCAGGCUUGGUGGUGUUCAUGAAAGAGUUGAAGAGUCUUUUCUUGAUUCACAAUUCUCAUAGGUCAGUUAAGCAUCACAGUUCUUAUAGACCAUCAGUUAAAGGUCACUGGUCACAUAAGCCUGUGAAAAUUGGCUCAUGGUAUUGAUCAUGGGAGUCUUUGUUUGAUUUAUAUAUACCACUUGCCAAUGGUGAUGGAACCCAACCGAAGAGCAAGAGAUCUUGAUUUCAAA